CCUUAUACUAUAACUUUCAUUAUUCAUCAAUAAUUCAAAUUCCUCCUUCGUCUUUUUAUUUUUAGCCUUUCAUAUAAAUACUCCCUCUCCAUACUCAUUAUUCAUAACAUCUCUUUCCUUCGUUUAAAGUUUAAUCUUCUUAUAGCCACUGAUUCUUUUUUUUUUUUGGUCAACUUAGCCACUGAUUCUAAAUAUGGGAGAAGAAUUAGUUCAACCAGAGGUAAAGGAGGCUACCCCUGCUCCAGAGGCCGUCCCAGAGUCUGCCUCCUUGGAAGAGGAGGAGAAGAAAGAUGUGGCAGAGGAGAAGAAAGAUGCGGCUGAGGAGGAGAAACCAACGGUGGAGGAGGAGAAGCAGCCGCCACCACCGCCUCCACCAUUCAUACUCUACGUGGACUUGCAUUGUGUAGGAUGUGCUAAGAAGAUUGAAAGAUCUAUACUAAAAAUUAGAGGGGUGGAAGAAGUGGUGAUGGACAUGACUGAGAACCAAGUGACGAUAAAAGGAGUGUUAGAUCCACAAGCAGUGUGCAACAAAAUCAAGAAGAAAACUAAAAGAAUGGCCAAAGUCCUUUCGCCGCUUCCAGCUGCCGAAGGGGAACCUCUGCCACCGACCAUAAACUCUCAAGUCUCCGGCCUCACCACCGUUGAGCUCAACGUCAACAUGCAUUGUCAAGCUUGUGCUGACCAGCUCAAGAAGAAGAUACUCGAAAUGAGAGGGGUCCAAACCACGGUGACAGAAUACACGACCGGAAUAAUAGUGACCGGGACAAUGGACGAAAAGAAACUUGUGGAUUACGUCUACCGUCGGACCAAAAAACAGGCCCGAAUCGUACCCCAACCCGACCCGGAACCUGAUGAAAAACCUGCAGCGGAGGAAGAAAAGAAGGAGGAGAGCGGUGAAGGGCCUGAGAAACCGGAAGCAGAAGAGGAGAAGGAGGAGGAGAAGGAGAAGGAGAAAAAGGAAGAAGAAGACGUUGGCGGAGAAGAUAUGGAGGUUACCGAGGAGAUGGCUACGGCGGAAGAAGAAGUGAUGAAGAGGAUGAUGUAUUAUUAUCAGCCUUUAUACGUCAUCGAAAGGGUUCCUCCACCGCAGCUUUUCAGCGACGAGAACCCUAACGCUUGUUGCAUUUCUUAAAUUGGUUUCGUGUGCUCUACGGAAAAUAUAAUAUAUUAGGGCAAUUAAUUACGUAAGGAAAAGAAAAUAAAGAAAAAUAGGUGUCGAUGCAAAAAAAUGGUGUGAACUAUAUAGUAUAGAUUUAUAUAUUUUAUAGUUGGUGGUUGUUAUCUGUAUUUUAUCGAUGGAUACGUUCACACUUUAGUAUAUACGUAAUCGCAACUGGAAAAACGAUC